AGGCCUUUCAACUUCAGUGUUUUGGAGAAUGGAGUAGGGCAGGGAGAGUGGUUGUGGAAUAGUGUUUACUUUGUGUAUUUUUAUUGUUUGUUGUGACUAGUGUUAGUGCCAAACACAAAUAAAAGAUGGGGAAAGGAUUUAAUAAUUAUAUGUGUAAAAAGUUUUUCCAUCCAGCCUCUCGAGAUAACUUAAAGAGAGUAUGGAUGGCUGAACAGAAAGCUGAUUCUUAUAAGAAAAAGCAAGAAGAACUUAGAGUACAAUAUGAAAAGGAGCAAGAUUUGUAUACCAACAAGGCGUUGCUGAGCAAGGAGAGCAAGGACAAACUUAGUGUCAAUUUUAUGUAUGAACCACCUCCAGGAACUAAAAAAGAACGUGAAAGAGAAGACGAUGAGCCAGAGUAUAAAUUUGAAUGGCAGCGGAAAUUCAAUGCCCCAAGAGAGGACUACUGUAAAGGUGAUUCAGAAAUUCGGGACCAACCAUUUGGUAUACAAGUGCGUAAUGUUCGCUGCAUUAAAUGUCACAAGUGGGGACACAUCAACACAGAUAAGGAAUGUCCUAUGUAUAAUCAGUCAUCAAGUGCUGAAAACACAGCUUCCAGUCUUGAUACUCAUUUGUUGCUACAGCAGAUGAGGGAGGAUGGACUUGCAAUGAAAAAGAGUGCACUUUCUCUCCAGCAGCAGACAUCGCAGAGGUCAGUGAAAGUGGAGUCAGAUGACGAUAAGCUGAAGGCAUCAGAUAUUGAGAUGCUGAAAUCCCUGUCAAAAAAGCAGAAGAAAAAGCUUUUGAGAGCUUUACUUAAGUUGGAAAAAAUGGAAAACGGACAUUCAAAGGAAAAGAGGAAGAAACACAAAAGCCAUUCAAAACACAAGAAAGAGGAUAAUACAGACAGUUCUAAUUCAGAUGGAGAACAAAAGCAUAAGAACAAGAAAAAGAAAUCAAAGAAAACAUCAAGCAAGAAACAUACUGAUAAAGACAAGAAGAAACAGAAGAAAAAGCAGCACAACCAUAAUGAACAAUCGUCAUCUUCUACCUCAAGCUCAAGCAGUAGUAGUGAAGACAGUAGUAGUGAAAGUGAAACAGAGGAAAACUCAAAAGGAAAAUCAAAGUCGAAACAUUAUCAUGAAAACAGAAAAUCUGAAGAUAAAAGACACCCAACCUACAAUGAUGAACAGUCAAGAAAGAGAAAAUCAAUAGAAAACCACGAGGGAUCUUCAGAAAAGAGGCAACGUAGAUCUUGAUUUCAUGCCAUGGUCAGAGAACAUUGGCAACAGUUUUCAUUACAGAUCAGUUUGUUUCAAUAGACAAUCAUUUAUAAAAUUUUCUGGAUUUAUUUGGAAUAAGAAAUAUCAUGUGAGAAAUAGUUGUUGGAGAAUAUUUGUGUAUUAAUUCCACACAUCAUUGUUAUAUUAAUUGUUUUAAGUGAUACUUUGUGGCAGCCCUUCCAUCUGUGAAACUGAAGCAGCCACACUUUGUGCAAACUCAGAUUUGUGUUUAAUUAGAGAAUUCUGCUAGUACUGUGUUAUAUAUAAAGGUUUCUUUUAUUCGCAGAGUAAAAUGUAGAAAAGGAGAUAAUGAAAUAAAAUUGAUUUGUA